AUGUACAUCCUCAAUUAUCUUCCAUUAAAAUAUGAGGUUAAUACAACCAAUAAUAACAAUCGUAACUCACUGGUAAAAAAUGUCAAAAAUACUACUUUUACUUCCAAUAAUUAUUCUGCUACUCUACAAUUGGAAAGAGAAUCCAUAAUAAACCAUUUAAAAUCUUAUAGUCCUGACACUAAUAGCAGCUCGGAUAUAUUUAACACCAUUGAUAUUUUACUUAAUUUUUCAAAUGAUUUAUUAUCGAGUGGCAAUAACACUAAAAACAGUGAUCUAUUGAAUACUCUACUACUUUUAGCAAAAUCAUAUCAUCAACAAGCCUAUAAUCUUUUAUUUAAUGCAUAUUCUUCAACCAUUAACACCACAGUGCCACCAAAUCAUAACUGCAACAAUUCGUGGCAAAGAAGCACUUAUUAUAUCAAGCUCUCAUUGGGCCUAUUAACUUAUAUCAACCAAGAAUAUAAUUGUUUUGCACCGAGCAAUCAAAAUUCUAUGAUGGUUAUUAAAUUUAUGUUUGACUAUAACACAAUAUACCAACAGUACACUGUCAUACUAUUGAGUCUAUACAAAUUAAAAGAUUCAUUAAUAGAAAAUUAUUCGCAGGAUAAUUUGCAAAAAUCAACCGAGGGAAACGGACUAAGUUUCCAAAUGUUAGCAAAGUUAUGCAUCGGCUGUUAUAAUAACACUUUAGAAUUGAUAAAUUUACCCAGCUUACCUCUGAAAAUUGUCAAUUUUUUAAAAAUAUUGGCGAACGAUUAUUUUUAUGGACUAAUUGAAUUGUUAUUAGCUUUACAGAAAUUUGAAAUUGAAAAUAAAAUUGGAGAGUCUGUUAGCCUAAUUAACGAUAGUAUCAGUGUUUUUGAAAAAAGUAGCGUUUUCCAAAAAAUAUUAUUUUCGAAAAAAAAAGGACUGGAUGGUCUUAGCACUGUUACCAGUACAUUGUUCAAUAGUGGUACUAAUAACAAUAAUUAUAAUACCAAACUAUUUAAAUCAAAAUUAAAACUUUCCAAUUUAAAAGAUAGGAUAUCAACAAAAGUACAAAAUAAUAAUAAUAACACUGUCGUCACCAACACAAAUUCAAUUUCAAAAACAUAUUUCGAUAUGUUUCCAGAUACCUUAAUUUUAAAUACCUUUACUUUAUUUAUAAGUGAAUUAUUGUAUUUACUUCAAUACAGAUUUUCCAAUUAUAACAAUACUAUAAGUUUUGACUUGGUAACAAAUGAUAAGCAACAACUAAGGAAAUUAUGGCCAACUGGUAAAAAACCACAGUCAGUAUCAAUUCAAUGGGUCUAUAAAAAUGGUGUAGGAUUAGGCCCAAUAGAUAAUAUCAAUGAAAAAAAAUAUUUCUUUUAA